UAUUACUAUUUACCAUAUUAUAAUUAUCACCCAUAAUUAUCACUCCCAGGCCAUACUCACGGCAAAUCAAUAGUCCCACCGCUGCACACUAGCCAAUCACUGCAGGACGUCACCCCAGCACAGAAGAAGAGACCCUCGCCACAUUCACCAUUCACUACAUUUUCCCUGGCAACAUUACCGCUUUAACAAGCAACACAACUUGCUCCUAGUCACUGGAAACCCUCAGUACUACAAUUUCAUCACUGGAUAGCCCAUUAAUUACCUUGCAAUACUUACUUUGUAAAGUAUGCCAGGACUAGAUGUGCCUUCUCGGCCGAGUCAGGUCGUCAACCUUAAUGGCAGUAGUGAAGACCUCCAAAGGUCAAACGUAACAGCCGAUGUGCAUUCCGGUGACAAGUCACAGGAAGAAGCUAGACCAAUGCCAUGGGGAGCAAAGUGGCGUAGUUCCGCAUGGUUCAUUACUUUAGUCGUGACAUUGGGUACUACGACGGAUAUUCUUACUUAUACGAUCGUUGUACCCGUUCUUCCUUAUCGUCUUCAAGAUAUGGGAUAUUCCAAUGUAUCUGCACUCACUUCUUGGCUGCUGUUCGCCUAUUCUAUAGGCAUCUUUCUUUGUACUUUGCCUGUGGCCUACUUCUUCCACAAGUAUCCUUUCCGCCGAAUUCCUCUUAUUGUCGCCGUUAUCGUCUUGGAGCUUUCCUUGAUUCUGUUCAUGUUGGCGACUCCAUACUGGGCGAUGGUUAUCAGUAGAUUCCUGCAAGGGGCAUCGAGCACAGUCGUAUGGUCUGUUGGAUUUGCAUUGAUAUGUGAGAAUGUAGAGGAAAAGAAUAUUGGCCGUCAGAUUGGAUUUGCCAUGGCCGGAGUGUCUAUUGGACAGACUAUUGCCCCGCCUAUUGGAGGUGCUCUUUACUCCAAAAUGGGCUGGUACGCACCCUUCAUAUUCUGUAUCAUUGUCUGCUUUGUCGACCUCGUAUUGCGUCUCUUUGUUCUUGAACGAACAGAUCUACGUAAAUGGGAAGAAAAGCGUCUCGGCCUGGCCCCCGGAAGCCUUCAGCCAAAGGUUGUGGACGGACAAGUCAUCAUGUCUAGCGAGGUCGAAGCGUCACCUUUCAUGCAUUUGACCACUGCAGAAAAGGAGAGGCUAGCAGGGGUGGAGCUAUCGCCAUGGCAGGUUCUUAUUGCGUUGGGAAGUUCUCCUCGAGGCAUGACAUCUUUCUUGACAAUGUUCGCAUUUGGAAUGAUUAUUGGAGCCCUCGAACCGACGUUGACUUUGCACGUACAAAGCGUUUGGAACAAGAAUGCCGAUUUUGUCGGGCUUGUCUAUCUUGCUGCUGCUGCUCCCACAUUCUUCUGUGGCCCAAUUGUCGGUGCUUUGGCUGAUAAAUAUGGUGCCGAGUGGAUAAUGCUGCCGUCUAUCAUCCUGACUCUCCCCUGGCUACCCCUUAUGCUACUGAAUAAUAGUCUAGCUGGGUUCAUCAUCUUCUUCGCGUUCGCUAAUUUGUUCCCCAAUUGUGCCAUGGCGCCCACUGGUUUGGAGGUCACAAUGGUAGCACGUGAUGUGGUAGGCGUCAGCGAAAUUCAUCAAUUUGCUGCAAUGAACAUUGCGUUUGCUAUCUCGACAGCUAUCGGAACAAUUGUCGGCGGUCAAAUAUACGACCACAUAGCCAAAGGCUGGGCAGCUGUCAUUUGGUUUUGCUUCGCCAUGGCAGUAGUGAUUAUUCCCCUUCUCUUCUUCUUCGCAGGCAACAAGUCAAUUUACCAGCGAUGCUUCCACCGUGGAAAGGAAACGGGCGCGAAAAUGGAGGAGGCAGUUGGCGAGGCUGGUGUCGGGCAGCAGACAAAGGACGAAAGUGCGAGGGUCGUUACUGAGAGACAGCACUCAAUCACGCCGUCUUCCAGCGAGAAGUUUGAAGAUAGGGACGUCAUCUCUUGCCAGCAAUAAAUCGGCAAAUCCCUAAUUCAAGAUAUCAUCACACAUUUCAUAGAUUAUUUCAUCACAUCUUGGUCCAUUCCGGGUUUUUGCGAUGUAUAAAGAAAACAAAAGGAAAUCUAAAAGAGAUGAGUUUGUAUACUACCGCAAAAUAAAAAUAUCACUGUGCGCUGUAAUUGCAUACAUAACAAUCACUACUUACAAAGACAUGCAUUCAGGUUACG